AUGGGACGAAUUUCUUCGAAUAUUAGAGAAGGCGUUAAGGUUUCUGUUUUGGGCUCUGUUGUGAGUGAAAGCAUUGCUCAAACACUUUUGGAAGAAUUAUGGAAAACUAAACAACUUUCAGCAAGAGUUUUACGAGUAGCACUAGGUAAUAACCGCUGGAUAAUUUACCUUGAUUCGCAACCAGAAAAUAAAAUUGAGGUUUCAGCGGGACGUAUAAAGUUUGUGGCUUUUCCUACAACUAUUUUAGAUACCAAUCAAGAUACAAAUAUAUCAACAAAUAACGAUCCCUUUCACUUUGCACAGCAGUUUCAUGAUGAAUUUAAUGAAAAUCUUACAAAAGCUAUCCUACCUGGUCCUUAUCUUUGCAUGGAUAAAUUAAUGUCUCUUGCAGAUGCUCAAAUUAAUUUAUUCUUAAGAUUAGAUCCAGCAGAACCUUCGGAAUAUGCUAUGAAAAAAAAAUUUUCAGAUCAAUACUCAGCAAUUGUUUCAUCUAUGUUAAGAUUAAUAAAGAAACGUCGUUAUUGGCCUAAAAAUAUCCCUAAUGAUAUUACAGAUAUACUUGAAAAUACAUAUGGAUUAUCUAUUAGGGUAGUUUGCAAAAUAAGUGAUGUUGACUUAACUGGUUAUGGCAAUGCAACAUUCCGUCGACCUAUUGUAUUUGAUGAGUAUAAUGAAUUUAGAUCAGCCGUAGAUAUACUUAAUAAUUUGCGUGAUAAUUCACUUUUUUAUCAUGAUAUUCUUGGAUCAAAACGUUUUGCAGAUCGUGUUUUGCCUUCUAUCUUACAGUUGCAGAGGCAAAUAGCUUCUCUGCAUAUUAUAGAUUUGUUCUGGAAAAAAAAAUAUGAAACACGUUGA